UAGCUACUGCAGAGCGAACGCAACGCAUAACCAUCGAAAGCAACUAAAUAAAUAAAAUACAAUAAAACACUCAAUAUGAUGAGCCAAACUUUAACCCUUUGCUGCCUGGUGGUACUGGUGGCCGCCGUUUCCGGUAAUACAGUGUCCACAAAUGACACAGCCUGUCCACAAAUCUGUGCCUCCAUCUACAAGCCAGUGUGUGCCACCGAUGGCCAGAACUUCAAGGAGUUUGCCAGUGACUGCAACCUCCUGUCCCACAACUGUCGCCGCGAGAGGAGCAGCCUGCAAGCCUAUGCUGCCACCGAUGCCGCCUGGUGCAGCUCCGAGUUUGUGGAGAAUCUCCACGAGAAGCUGGGCAACUUCAAGCUGGAGGUCAAGGAGUGCUUCAAGCCCUGCUCGAUGAUCUACCAGCCGGUGUGCAUUACCAAUGGCAAGUACCGUGCCGAGUUGGCCAAUUCCUGCCUGCUGGACAACUUCAACUGCGCCCUCCAGGCCUCCGGCGCCCAACCCGCUGAGUCGUUCCGUGUCCUUCGCGACGAGAAAUGCUAAAGACGGGAUCGGGAUCGAGAUGGAAUACAAUACAGGCAGGCCCUUCUUUUGUUUGGAAAUAGACAGGCUAUUGUCUGGAACGGAAAUAUAACCUAACGAAUU